CACUGAUAGGUGGCACUGAUAGGCAGCACUGACUGGUAGAACUGAUAGGUGGCACUGACUGGCACUGAUGGGUGACACUGAAAAGCAGCUCAGAUGGGCACUGAUAUGUGGCACUGAUGGGCACUGAAAUGUGGCACUGAUGGGCACUGGCAGGUGGCAUGGAUGAGCACAGAACUGGCACUGAUGGACACUGACAGGUGGCGCUGCUGGGGCUACACAGAUCAUCAGGGCACACUGAUCAUCAGUGCUCUGAUGAUCUCUGUCAGCGUGACAGCUCGUGAGGGGAGAAAUGCCGAUAACCGGCAUUUCCCUGUUUACAUGUGAUCAGCUGUGAUUGGA